AACAGCUUCCCAAGGGCGGAGCUUCAAAUUACGUUUUUACAAGAAACGGGAGGAGGUCCGUCAAAAUUAAAGUUAUAUUCUUCCUAUUUUUCAAAGAGGAAAAAUAUCAUUGGGAGUUUGGAGUUGGUAACGCAGCAACGGGAAGGAUGUAAGUGACAGGGGUAGAGGCAGCCGUCCUCACCCACCUCCACGCCCCUCUUGCACCACCGAGGGUCGCGUGCCGUCCCAAGUGACCCCAAAUGGUGUUUAUAAGCUCCAGACGGCCGCUUGUUGUGUCCUCACGAGACUGUUGUCUAAACAUUCAGGAGGAGAAGGAAGUUUCCAUUACACAAAUUGACCGUGUAAUUAACUUUAGUACUGGGUGAGAACUCGUUACAUCGCCGAGGGCGUUGAUUGAGGUCGCGUGGGCGGUGAGGAAUCGCACGCCUACAGCCGCCCACGGUGGGUCAGUUGGAGGGAGGGACGCUGCCCCGCCCCCGCCCCACCCUCCGCCUCGCUUGCCCUCCCCGCCUCAGUUGGCGGCCGAGGACGGUCGUGUACAGGUCGCCGCCAUCCGCUCCGGUAACCGCGCGCCACGCACUCCGGCGCCCACGCCACCUUCACGUCAACGCGACAGUGGUGCACGCCCUCACCACCACGACCACUCACCAGAGGUAACACCAAAGACUCCAAACAGUCCACACAAAGUUCAGCACGACUUCACGCCAAACUACCAAAGUUUGACCGAAGCGCCGCGUUGCGAUGCAGGGCGGGGCGUGAAGGAGCGACGGAGGCGCCUGCCGCCCCGGGACGCCCGUGCAGGCUACCUUCUCGUGCCUCCCGUGCCCACGACUAGCACACUUCAUCCUGGCAGGGAUUCGGUGAUGCAUGGGACGCGGUGAGUGGCAGGUGAGGGUGAGGGAGGAGCGUCACCGCCUCACUUUGCCUUGUCGUGACUCAGUCUCGCCUCGCCCCGCUCCAGGUGAGGGUGCACCGCCAACACCUGCCACCCAGGCGCUCUUAAAGCGUUCAUACUGUAUUUUUAAUGAUAAAAAUCUGAGUUUAAUAUUUUUGUACAAAGUUUAAGAAAUUGUUACAAGAAAACCUUUUGACCUACAAAACUUUUUCUACAUUUGACAUGAGAGUCAAGGAGCAGCCACUCUGAACUGUCCCUCUUGAGCCCUGGCGGCGAUGACGCUCGACUUGGACACAGUGAUAAAUGAUGCACACCGCACACACUCACCGUCUCCUGCCGGCGGCCGCGACGCUCCGCGCGCACCACACACGCUCUUGGGCGUGAGCGGUAAAACCACUGACUGAUUCCGACGAUCGGAGGGAAGCAUGGAGUGAGAGUCCCCGAGGCGUGAUCAAAUCAAGACAACCACACUACCUAAGCCUCCCACCGAGCGGGCGUGCCAGCGUGCGGGGCCUUCCUCCUCCGAGCCCUCCUCUACUCUUAGCCGCCACCAUGGAGCUCAUGGCAGAACCCAUCCUUGAUCUGGAGAGCUCGGCGAACGCCACCUCCGUGCUGGCGGCGGCACACGAUUGGUGGAAUAACACCGACGUGAACCUUGACGUGCACGUGAACUGUUCAAGGACCUUCUGCCCCACCGCCAACCUGACCCAACGGCACGUGCGUGGAAUGUCUGCCGGACGACGAGGGCAACAAGUACAACCUGCCGUGGUGGAACGAACUCAUCUGGUACGUGGUGUUCAUGGGGCAUGGUGAUAGUGGCGACGGGGGGGAACACCAUCGUCAUUUGGAUAGUGCUGGCGGACCAACGCAUGCGCACCGUCACCAACAUCUUCCUGGUGAACCUCUCGGUGGCCGACGCGAUGGUCUCUACCCUCAAUGUGGUCUUCAACUUUACCUACAUGCUCAACCUCAACUGGCGCUUCGGCUUCGUCUACUGUAAGAUCAGCCAGUUCGUGUCUAUCCUGUCCAUCUGCGCCUCCGUCUUCACCCUCAUGGCCAUCUCCUUCGACAGGUAAGACCCGUCCCUUUAAUUCCUUCCUCUCCUCCUCCUCUCUCUCCACUCACCUUCCUACGGCCUGAGGGGGAAAAGGGAUAAAAGGCAGAAAGGAACGAAACGAUCAGAGUCGUGAAAAUACAGUACUCGUAUAUAUUAAAUAUGUAUGAUAAGGUAUAUGAAGGUAAAGACAAACAUACAAACAUACGUACA